UGCUUCCAAAUAUCAGUUUUAGUCAGAAUUUUACAUAAUAGUGUACAUGAACUAAAUGGACUUGAAAAUAAAUUGGAAUAAGCCCCAAACCGUUUCCCUCAAGAGCAGAGCAGCCUUUGCCCAUCUGUGAGGCAUUUAAUGGGCUAUUAUUUUAUAAAAGAAUUUCAACAUGAAUACAAGUGACACAAAAGAUCAAAAAGAGUUUAUAUCAAGAUUUUAUCAAACCCAAUUAGAAGAAAUUGCAGUUAGAAAAAAUACUAUAAUCUUUUUACCUACAGGUUCUGGUAAAACUUUUAUUGCUAUUAGACUGAUAAAAAGAUUACGAGAUACAUUGAAGAAACCAUGGGGAGAGGGAGGAAAAAGGUGUUUUUUUUUAGUGAACACAGUUCCACUAGUGAUGCAACAGACAAAUAUGAUUAAGCUAUUAUGUCCAGUUGAUGUUAUUGGAUACAGCAGCGAGGACAAUGUGGAUUACUGGGAUAAGAGUAAAUGGGACCUCGAGUUAACCAAGUAUCAGGUAAUUGUAAUGACAAGUCAGAUCCUCAGUGACUUGCUCACUCACAGAUAUAUAUCAGUCGAGGAUAUAAGUCUGCUUAUAUUUGAUGAGUGUCAUCAUGCCGUUGAUGAUCACCCAAUGAGAUCGGUGAUGAAACAUUUUGAAGUUGUUCCGAAAAAUAAACAUCCAAGGGUUCUGGGUUUAACAGCAACGCUGCUCAAUUCAAAUGUGAAAUUAAAUAAAGUUGAAGAAACAUUGCGCAGAUUGGAAGCAACGUUUCAAGCUACGAUCGCUACAGUCAACGAUAUGGGAGAAGUUGCUUUCUAUUCGACAAAUCCUCACGAAUCUGUGCAGUACUACAGAAUGCCGAGCCUAACGGAUGCCGCCCAAGAAGCUAUAACACUCCUCAAGGAACUCCAAGCGAUCGUUAUGGCCAUAAAACUGCCUUCGAAGGACUUGAAAUCGGAUUUGAAACUGAAACCUUGGCAAACGGAUAUAUCUAGUAAUCCGUCAAAAAUAACAAAAACGAUAAAGAACAUGAUUGAAUCAAUGAUAUUGACAAUCAAAGAGUUUGGCGUGUACGGAGGUGCCUUGGGUAUUCUUGCAUACAUCAUUUCUCUGGAGCGAAGUAAGCGCCGGGCAAUCACUGAGGAAGAGGAGCUGCUGUACACCAUCGCUGUGACACAUUCUGUUGAAGCAAGAGCGGUUUUAUUAGGAUCAAUGUCAAACGAUUCCGGCUAUUGUAAAAUUGUCCGUCAUUCUUCGGAAAAAGUGUUACAACUUUUGAAUAUUCUAAAAGAAUACAAUCCGAAAACCUGUAUAACUGAUGGCGUGACCUUUAAAGUAAAUCUCAAGCGGGGGGCACUAUCCGGAAUUAUCUUAACUCAAAAGAGAUAUACGUCCAAAGUACUCUAUAAUCUUCUAAAGGAUGUGAAGGAAACUAAUCCUACCGAAUUUGGUUUUCUGAAACACGAUUACAUCGUUGGGUUUAAUAUAAAUCCUCUCACUAAUACCAGAGAACAGCAUUACACUAAAAAGCUGAGUCAGCAAGCGCUUUUGAAGUUCAAGAAUGACGACCUGAACUGCCUGAUCUCGACGAGCGUGCUGGAGGAGGGCGUGGACGUCUCGCAGUGCUCGCUCGUGGUGAAGUUCGACGUGCCGCUGGAGUACCGCUCCUACAUCCAGAGCAAGGGACGUGCUAGAAGCAAGGAUUCGAGUUUCGUGUUGUUUGUGGAUGAAGCGAACAAAAUUAAAUUUCAGCAGCAAUAUUUAGAAUUCCAAAAGAUUGAACAAUAUGUAGUCGAUAUGCUUUCCGGAAAAUCAUCGCAAAGAAACGCUCCCACCGAAGACGACAUUCAGGAGAACCUCUACGAGGUCGACGACGUCCCGCCAUUCAUCACUAAACACGGAGCUCGGCUGUCAGGAACGUCAGCGAUAAACCUUUUAAAUCGCUACUGCUGCAGUCUGCCGACCGACCACUUUACGGUUCUGACGCCGAUGUGGAUCCUCGAGAAAGUGGCCUCCCGGGAUACCGAGCUCCCCCUCAUCACUGUCAUCAUGCCCAUAUCGUGCCCGGUUAAGGAUCCCAUACAAGGGAAACCUUCGGCGAGCUUGAAAUCGGCCAAACGUUCGGCGGCGCUGGCCACGUGUGAGAAGUUGUACGAGGCGGGCGAGCUGGACGAGCUUACGUUGUUGCCGCGACAGCACGGCAAAACAGAUUUUAACACGGACGAAGUAAAAGUAUGUUUUCCUAAUUGGCGCGAUGAGAAAGACGAGGACUCUAAUGACAUACCGAAGCCGGGAACUAAGAGCAGGGUACGGAAGCAUCCAAAAACGUAUCCCAAGUGUCUGAACGGUCCCGUAUCUUUGAAGAAUAAGCAGACAUUCUACUUACACAUUAUAUAUCUAAAAACAGCCUUCGAGGAGCCGAAAGAUUCUCGCGACCGAGCUCUGUAUAACCUGCUGCAGACUAAAGACGGUUAUGGCUUCCUGACGUUGCAACCGCUGCCGGUUUUAUGUAGCUUUCCAAUGUUCCUGACGGUGGGGGAGGUUAAUACGAAGCUGGACGUGAACUAUGCCAAGAUUGUGCUGGAUUCUGCGUUAUUCGCACUCGUUAAACAGUUUCAUUUGUUCGUUUUUGAUCAAGUUCUAGAAGUUGCGAAGAAGUUCGUCAUAUUUGAUGGACAAAUUAACAAUCUCUUCGUCGUUCCGAUUACCGACAAAGGGGAGGGUUAUGAUAUAGACUGGACUGUGAUGCAGACUUAUAAUGAGAUACGUCCUGUCGCUGUACCGACCGUGAAGGAAAGAAUGUCUCUGAAUGUCACGAGAGAAACCUACCUUAAUUCAGUCGUCACUCCUUGGUAUAGAGGAAGCAUUCUACCCGACAGGUACAUAGUGUCCGACGUACUCGAGUACAUGACGCCGCAAUCUCGCUUCGACUGCGAUACCUUCGAAACAUUCGAAGACUACUACCUGAUCAAGUACAACCUGGAGCUCUUCGGGAGCAAAGACCAGCCCCUGCUCGAGGUGCGCAACAUCAGCUCGCGCAUGGCGUGCCUGCUGCCGCGCGCGGCGUCGCUGGGCACGCUGUCGGACAAGCAGCGCAAGCUGGCGGCGCAGGCGCAGGGCGACGACCGGCCGCGCGGGUUCGCCGAGGUGUUCGUGCCCGAGCUGUGCGUGCAGUACGCCUACCCCGGCCACCUCUGGUACAAGGCCGUGCUGCUGCCCAGCAUCGUGCACAGGGUAACCAUGCUCUUGACGGCCGACGAACUUCGUACUGAAAUCGCUACGUACAUGAAAAUCGGACAGACGAGUUUACUAAAAGGGGAAGAAUGGCUGCCGAUAAAAGUGGAUCUACCGAUCGCUAUAAAGUCGCUACUGUCUAAUAUAGACGAGCCCGCAGCUAUCCCCAGUAUUGACAGAAUUAAUAAUCCAAUCGAUGAAACUGUCCAGAAGCCGGUCAAUAUAAUGUCCGUAAAGGAAAGCGUCUACCAGCUUCAAAAAAAGAAGAUCAGCAAAGAAUAUCCGUGGGAUGAAAGCAAGGAGCCGAUCGACAUCGAUCGCAACCUGUCCACGGUCACCGUCAUGGACGUCGAGUGCUACGACACGUUCGUCACGGCGCCGCUGUUCACGGUGGGCGCGGCCGACCCGGCGUCGGCCCCGGCGCCGGCCCGGACGCUGCCGGCCGCCGCCGCCAUCCUGCCGCCGCCUCACAAGUUCGUGGAGCGGCUGGCGCUGCUGCGGGCGCGCGGCGGGCCGCAGCUGCGCGGCGUGCUGGGCGCGCUCACCACCAUCGGCGCGCACGACAGCUUCAACCUCGAGCGCGCCGAGACGCUGGGCGACGCCUUCCUCAAGUUCGCGGCCGCGCUCUACCUCUUCCACAAGUUCCCCGCCCACGACGAGGGGCAGCUCACCGACCUCAAGGGCCGCCUCGUCGGGAACAGGAACCUCUACUACGCGGGUGAGCGCGUGAAUUUGGCCGGACGGAUGAAGGUGGACCAGCUGAGUCCCAGGAGUGACUUCGUAGUUCCCGGUUUCUCCGCUCCGAGGGAAGUAGCGGACUUCAUUAUAAAACACCAAAUCCGGCCAACCUUCAUGAUCGGUAUGCAGUUUCCUCAAGCGGACGCUUUGAGCGGAAAACUGUCGCCUGAAAGUAGAUCCGUGAUGGAGCAGCGCUUCGCCGACUGUGACAGGACAGCUGAACACGAGCCCCUGGGACGAGCCCAGAAUGCGAUGCAAUGCUAUAUAAACAAACAAGCCGUCUCGGACAAGUCUGUGGCUGACUGUAUGGAGGCUCUGUUAGGUACCUACCUCUUAAGUGGAGGGAUACCAGCAGCGAUUGACUUCUUGGAAUGGACGAAGGUGUUGCCUCCAGAGGAUAACGUGAAACAGUUUCUCCAUAAGAAAGUGAGCACGGUGAUAACAGAUAAGAAGGCCACGGAACAGGAAAUCGACUGGCUGCUGAAUAAUUGUCGGAAUGACAUAGAAAAUAUUAUUGGCUACAAAUUUAACGACCCAGCCUUUUUACUGGAGGCUCUAUCUCACGCUUCAUACAUACGGAACCGGCUCACGAACUCCUACGAACGCUUGGAAUUUCUCGGCGACGCCAUAUUGGAUUUCCUAAUAACUGCGCACAUUUUUGAGAAUUUCGGCAAACUAACGCCGGGAGAUCUAACCGACCUGCGAUCGUCUCUCGUGAACAACGUCACAUUCGCCUCCUAUGUCGUCAAGCUGGGAUUGCACAAAUUCCUAUGUUUCCAAAUGAACCCGGUGCUGGAGACGUCGAUCAAGACGUUCGUGGAGCACCAGGCGGAGCGCGACCACGAGAUCGUGGAGGACGUGCUGUACCUCAUCGACGAGGAGGACUCCAACGUGGCGCAGUACAUCGACGUGCCCAAGGUCCUCAGCGAUAUAUUCGAAGCACUAGUCGGAGCGAUAUACUUGGACAGUGGGGGCGAUAUGAACACGGUGUGGUCGACGGUGUACAAGAUAAUGUACAAGGAGAUAAACAACUUCGCUAUGUGCAUUCCGAAGCAACCGGUUCGAGUUUUGAUGGAGAUGAUCCACGCUUGUCCGAGUUUCGGGAAGCCGAAGGAGAGCGCCGCCGCCCUGCGGAAGGUGAUGGUGCCCGUGAACUUCUCCAAGGAGGGCCGGCAGCACACCGCCUUCGGCGUCGGCUCCAACGCGGCGCAGGCCAAGCGCGCCGCCGCCAAGUUGGCGCUCAAGAUCCUCGCCGCCUAGCGCGCCGCCAAGCGCCGCCUAGCGCGCCGCCUAGCGCCGCCUAGCGCCGCCUAGCGCGCCGCUCCCGAAUCUCGUCAGGCAGGAGGAGUGCGGCGGGCUCCAUUUGUAGCGAUCAAACAUUUAUCAAAAAUUUUGGAAGUAGCAGUGGAUGUCGGUAGUUAAGUGAGGUGGUGUGCAGUGCGUGAUUAAGUGUUACUCGGAGAUAUUUGUCGAUUUCAUGAGGCGCUUUUUAUAUUGGUUUAGAUUUCACAUGAUAAAUUUAAAUUAAAGGGCGCUUUAAACGAACUAUAAAUACCUCUGACUUGUGCAGAUGAGAUUACUCGUAUUAACAAUGACAAUUCGCAUGGAAUGUGUUGUUUUUUUUUCAUAAGUAGACGGACGGUGUAAUAGGCCACCUUGUGGAAAAUGGUCACCACUGCCCAUAUAGAAUAUCCGUCCGUCUAGCUAUAUUAAAAAACAAUUGAUGCCGUAUGAAAUUCUAACCAUAUCUUACAUAACAAAUGCCACCGACCUUGGGAACUGAGAUGUUAUGUCCCCUGUGCCAGUAACAUUGGCUCACUCGCCCUUCAAACCGGAAUACAACAAUACUUACUAUAGCUGUUUAGCAGUAGAAUAUCUGAUGAGUGGGUGGUACCUACCCAGACGGGCUUGCACAAAGGCUAACUACCAUGGCGUAUUUACUGAAGUUGUUUAAUAAAGCAGUUCAUUAAGAUCAAAGGAAAUUGCAAAAUACUAGCUACGUAACAUAAGUAAGAUGAUUUGUUAGGGCUGUGGUUACAUAAUGGGAUUUGGAGGAAUUUAAACGUCGUCGUAAUUUAAUCGUGAUCGUACUCGUAUAUAACGAAUUGCACGAUUUUCUCGUUGUGUAACUAGAGCCUAAUAGUUGAACAAAUGCAUCUUUGAGUCGCUACCCUCAGUUGGUCAACCUGAGAUUUGUUAAUUCUACUCCUCCUGCCAUUGGAAUGUAUUUUACUUCAAAGAAAAGUCCUUUCGCAUUUGUAUUAUAAGUAGAGAUUAAAAGAAUGAUAUAUAUUUUUAGAGUAAGGUUCAUAAUGAUUUUACUAUUAUAAGAUCUACCAUAUAAGACAUUUCCAGGGUAGAAAAUAAUUUAAAAAUAAUUUGAAAAUACAUUUCUAGUUCGCAGUUAAAUUUGGAAAUACUUGCAUAGGAUAUUAAUCCGUGCGGUGUUAUAAAUAAACAGCAUAAUCGUAUUCCCGACAAAUACUUGGAAAUUUGUGGAGUUAAUUUCGUAAAUACGAUUGCACUCCUUAUUUAUAUCUAGAUAUGGAUCGAUUUCCGUUACAAGCAAAGCGAAGUCCUGUUAAAGCAAAUACGUCUCAUCAUUAAAUUCCCUUCGUGUCUUCGCCAUUCACAGAUAUAGCAAUGUCAUUCCUUGUCACAGAAUGUCACAAAUCAAUUAAUAUUCGAUUUAUUUAUAACGUCUAAAUUUAUUGAACAUAUUUGAAAUUAUUUAAUUAGUUAAAUAUUAUUUGAAUUUUGUUAUAAAUUGUAUACAUAUUGUACCAAAUAUUUUUCUAUUCUAAUACAAAUAAGACAUAAUAAACUAU